GAACAAAAAUAGUUUAGAAUUCGACCGUCAAAUUUCCAUUGCAACUCCGAAUGUCAUUACUCAUUGUUAGACGGUUUAAACCCAUAUAUAUAGAAGAAUCACUCGCAUUUUCAUUUUUCAGUUCUCCAUAUCACAACAGUAAACGAUUUCUCAACACUCGUUUCAAACAUCAACAAUGGAAAAUGAGAAAGGUGCGAGUUCAAGUACAUUCAAAAUGGGCAAUUCUGCACAAGAGAGGAGUUUGCCGUAUGUGCCUCAUUGUUACGCUGUCCCGCCUUCAUACGAGCCACGUGAUGCGCUCGACUCAAAAUCUGAAAGCGUACCCACGAUCGAUAUUUCUCGCUUGAAAGGCAGCGAUGAUGAGCGUCGAGGGGUUAUUCAAGAAAUAAGAUUGGCAUGUCAAUCUUUCGGGUUUUUUCAAAUAGUGAACCACGGAAUUGACCAGAGCAUACUGGACGAUGCAUUGGCGGUUGCGAAAGGUUUCUUCGAGCUGCCGGCGAAAGAGAAAAAUAAAUUUAUGUCGAACGAUGUGUAUGCACCAGUUAGGUACACUACGAGUCUAAAGGACGGUGUGGACAAGACCCAAUUUUGGAGGAUAUUUCUAAAGCACUAUGCACAUCCUCUCCAUCGUUGGAUUCACCUCUGGCCUCAAAACCCACCUGAAUACAGGGAAAAAAUAGGAAAGUUUUGCGAGGAGGUGAGGAUUCUAUCUCUCGAGAUAAUGGGAGCAAUAACGGAGAGCCUAGGACUAGGAAGAGACUACCUGUCGUCUCGGAUGGGCGAAAACGGCAUGCAAGUCAUGGCCGUUAACUGUUAUCCACCGUGUCCGGACCCUAAGACGGCGCUAGGACUGCCGCCACAUUCAGACUACAGUUGCAUCACCAUCCUUCUACAGAACUUGACCGGUCUCGAGAUCUUUGAUCUGACGGCUCACGAUGGCUCGGGCCGCUGGGUUCAUGUCCCAGAAGUCAAAGGUGUACUCAAGGUCCAUAUUGGUGACCAUGUCGAGGUGCUAAGCAAUGGAUUAUACAAGAGCGUCAUUCAUAAAGUUACUCUGAACGAAGAGAAGACGAGAAUCUCCCUCGCGAGCUUGCAUAGCUUGGGUAUGGACGAUAAGAUGAGCGUACCGUGCCAGUUGGUUAACGAUGAAAACCCGGUUCGGUAUAGAGAGAGCAGUUUUAAUGAUUUUCUUGGUUUUCUUGUCAAGAAUGACAUCUCUCAAGGGGAUAGGUUCAUUGACACUCUUAGAAUCAAGGACUGAUCGAGUUCUAACACGUGGUCAAUGGUUAAUGGUGUAAGAGUAAUAUUUCAUCAGCUUUAGUGUAUGACCACCUAUAAUUAUAAAGAAUUUUCUCCAUAAAAUAGUACCAUUUUGAAACUAGCGACACAAAACUAGGAAAAAAACCUAUUUCAACAUGAACUUUACCCGUCCACUCAAAUAAUAACUUCUUUCUUCGCUACCUUUAGUAUUCGGAUAAACACUCGGAGUACAUAGGUGAGAAAGGAGCGCUUUUCUAAGCUCAGC